AAAGCAGGACAACUGCAAGUAUACAGUUUUUUUUGUCUUUUUCUGCCUAAAUGCUGGUCUCCUGCAUGUCCUGCAGUUCACUCUGUUUUUGGAGCUGAAAGAGGACCAGUUCAAACCGAUGGUGGUUUAAGAUGGAGAAAUAUUUGGCGUCGACUACAAGAAGAUGCUGCUGCGUGUCUUCAGUUACUACGAAUGUCUCUUGGUGUUUUCAUGUCUCUAUGUGACAUAUUGGAAUCAAAAUAUGGUUUACAUCCCACUCUUAAUGUUAGCAUUGAAGAGAGCGUGGCAAUGUUUUUGCGAAUUUGUGGGCACAAUGAAGUUCAAAGAGAUGUUGGAUUACGAUUUGGACAGACACAAGAGACAGUGAAUAGGAAAUUUUUUGAAGUUCUUAGGGCGGCAGAGUUACUUGCUUGUGAUUAUGUUAAGACUCCAACAAGACGAGAACUACUUCGAAUUCCUGAAAGGCUUCAAGUGGACAGAAGAUAUUGGCCAUAUUUUAGUGGAUUUGUGGGAGCUGUGGAUGGAGUUCAUGUAUGUGUUAAAGUGAAGCCUGAACUACAAGGAAUGUACUGGAAUCGACAUGAUAGGACAUCAUUUAACAUCAUGGCGAUAUGUGAUCUCAAUAUGUUGUUUACAUAUGUUUGGAAUGGAGCACCCGGAUCAUGUCACGAUACAGCAGUUCUCACGAUGGCACAAGACGGUGAUUCUGACUUUCCUUUGCCUCCAGGAGACAAGUAUUAUGUAGCUGAUUCUGGGUAUCCAAAUAAGCAAGGUUUUUUGGCUCCAUAUAGAUCUUCUUGGAAUGGGGUUAUUAGGUAUCACAUGUCUCAUUUCAACAAUGGUCCUCCUCCUAAGAAUAUAGAAGAACUGUUUAAUCGAUGUCAUGCAUCUCUACGUUCCGUUAUUGAAAGGACAUUUGGAGUUUGGAAGAAGAAAUGGAGGAUUUUGAGUGAAUUUCUGAGAUAUGAUAUCGAAGUUCAAAAAAGAGUGGUAACUGCUACAAUGGGAUUGCAUAAUUUUAUCAGAAUUUCAAAUUAUUUUGAUGAAGAUUUUGUUGAAGAAAUGGGACAUACAAAUACCAGCAACGAAGAUUCUGAAAGUGAUAUAAGUGACAUGGAGACAACAAAUAUGGCUGAUGGAAAUCAUAUGACAAACAUUAGAGACAACAUUGCUCAUAUGUUAUGGGCAAAUCAUUAAAUUAUUUUACCUUUGUUUAUGUAUUUUUUAUUAUGUGUUUUGAUAUUUUGAUGUAAUUUUUAUUGUUUAAAUAUAUGAUCUGCACUUUUGAACUGCUUUUACCAUUCAUAACUUUGAAAAAUAACUUGUCCUGCUUGAUCUGCAUCUCUCCUGCAUGAUCCGCUUGAUCUGCACUUGUCCUGCUUGAUCUGCAUGAUCUGCUUGAUCUGCACCGCUUGAUCUGCUUUUACCAUUCGGAACCUAAGUCUCAGACAAAUAACCACAUAAUUAGAAAACAAGAAUAAAAGGCCGAACUGUGGAAGUCCUCUAAGGUAGUUUGAUUAAAGAUUCAUUUAUGUUUUUAUAAAGUUAAAGUUUCGAGUCUUAGCGAAGGUAAACUAAAAAUAUAUAUAUUUAAAAGACUUUUUAGCUUGGUGUUUCUAUGAUUUUUUCUUUAUUUUUUAUUAGUAUUUUUUGUGAUUAGCUUCUUAUAAAAAACAUCUGAAAGUCUCUCAACCU